AUGAGUGAGUAAAUAGAAGACAUAGAACCCCACAUAUUAAAGUAAUACUAAAUCCUAAAUAAAUUAGGAAAAGGAGCAUAUGGAAUAGUUUGGAAAGUGCAAGAAAAAAAAUCACAAAAAAUAUAUGCAUUAAAAAAGAUAUUUGAUGCUUUUUAGAAUUCUACAGAUGCCCAAAGAACAUUUCGUGAAAUAAUGUUUUUAUAAGAACUAAACCAUCCAAACAUAAUCAAAGUAUUUGAUGUAAUUAGGGCUAAAAAUGAUAAAGAUAUUUAUUUAUUAUUUGAAUAUAUGGAUACUGAUUUACAUGCAGUCAUUCGUGCUGGGAUAUUAGAAGAAAUUCAUAAAUAAUAUAUAAUUUAUUAAAUUUUUAAAUCUAUUAAAUAUAUACAUUCUGCAUAAUUAAUUCAUAGGGAUCUUAAGGCUUCUAAUAUUUUAGUUAAUUCAGACUGUAUGGUCAAAGUAGCAGAUUUUGGGCUUGUGCGCUCUAUAGCUUCUUAAUCUAACGGUUUGAUUCCUAUUUUGACUGAGUAUGUGGCAACAAGGUGGUAUAGGGCUCCCGAGAUAUUAUUAGGUUCUUAAACAUACACUAAAGGUGUUGAUAUGUGGAGUAUAGGUUGCAUUUUAGCUUAAAUUUUGUUAGGUAAACCUCUUUUUGCUGGGACUUCAACUUUAAACUAACUCGAGUUAAUUCUUUAGGUCACUGGAAAACCGAGUUAGAGUGACAUAGACGCAAUUUAAAGUGAUUUGGCUUUUACAAUGCUGGAAGCAGUAAGUAAUAGUAAAAGUAAAAAAAGUUUAAAUCAAUUAAUUCCUUAGGCUAGUGAUGAAGCUUUAGAUCUUUUAAGUAAUUUAUUGCUGUUUAAUCCGAAAAAAAGAUUUACUGCUGAAUAAGCUUUAUAACAUCCUUAUGUAAAGUAAUUUAGUAAUAUAAAUGAAGAAAUUGUGUGUUAAAAACCUGUAGGAAUACCUUUAGAUGAUAAUAAAAAAUAUUCAAUGAGGUAUUAUAGAGAAUAAUUAUAUUUAUAAAUUUCUAAAAGAAAAUAAUCUUUAGAAAAAAAAAAUUCGAGUAAUUAAAACUCAAGUUCAAAAUAAAAAAUAAAAAAUAAUAAUUAUAAUAUUGAAAUUUCAUAAAACUCUGUAAGAAAAAAAACAUAAAAGUAAAAUAGUAUGCUUUUUUAAUAGAAUGUGAACUAAAUUUAAGAAAGUAUCAAAAGAUAAGUAUGUGCUUAAAAAUAAUAAGCAUUAUAAUAAUAAUAAUAAUAAUAAUAAUAAUAAUAAUAAUAAUAAUAAUAAUUAUAAUAGAAAUUUCAAGAUUCCCAUUUUUUAUAGUCUAGUAAUUAAAGAGAAAGUAGUUGUGGUACUAAAUCAAAAAAGCAUACUCCUACAGUUUCUACGAAAAAUUAAAAUAAUAAUACUGCUGGUGUUUAUAGUAAUGCUAAUAUUUUAUGCAGCUCGUCCUAAAACAAUUUAAAUAAAGCAAAAACAAAUUAAAAUAUUAACUCAUUUAAUUAAUAAGAAAAUGUUUUUUAAAAAUAAAAAACAUCGAUUAUUCAUUCUUAGCAAUAAUUAUUAUAAUAAUCUUAAAAAAGUUUAUAAAAAGUUGUUAUAAAAUAGAAUGAAAAUAAUACAGAAAAUUUUUCAAAAGAAAAAUAAAAAGUUGAGUUUUACUAUCCAGUUAAAAAUAAAAUGAGCACUACUAAUUAUUUUGGAAUAAAAUAAGCUAUUACAUAGACGAUGUCUUAACUUAAUUAAAAAAAUAUAAAUAAUAAUAAUAGUGGAGGAUCUUAAAUAAAUAAAAAACAAAAUAACAUUAUUAACAAAUAAUUAUCUAAUUAAAAAUUUUUAUAAAAUUACUAAAAGAAUAAAUUACUUUAAAAAUAUUGA